AAUAAUACCAUACCCCCUAUACUCUCUCUCUCUCUCUCUCUGCUCAAUUUCCCAUAUAGGCAUCUCCAUACUCCAAACCAAAGCAAAAGUAUUCAUUUAAGUUUAACACAUAGAAGAAGAGAUCAAGAAUCACAUGAAAUAAAAAUGGCCACAAAACAAUCAACAACAACAACAACUACUACUACUACUACUACUUUGGUUCAUGUGAAUGAAGACUACAUUGACAUGGAAUUAGUCACUUGUUGUUCUUCAAACUUGUGUCCACCACAAAAAAGCUACAGCAGAGAAUUUGAAUUCCAAAUGACUCCAUUGUCAUCAAAUGAGAAAGAUUCAACAGCUUCUGUUGCUGAUGUACUCUUCUACAAUGGAAAACUACUCCCUCUUCAUAAUGUGAAGUCAUUUUCAUCUUUGGAAGAUUCCAACUUUCCCAUCAUCACCAACACCAACACCAACACCAACACCAACAACAACCACCUUUUUGAUGAUUCAUUCAGUAACAUUAUUUCACCUUCAGAAUCAUGCAGAUUAAGCAGUGAUUUUGCUGUAACCCCAGAUGAAUACUUAUUUGAAUGGUCUAAUUCUUCUUCUCAAAUCAACAACAAUAGCAAUGUUCUUCUUCCAAAUAAUAAGAAAUCUUCUUCUUCUUCUUCUUCAUGGUCAAAGAAGCUGAAGCAGAUUAUUGUGGGUCAAAGGAUCAAGAACUCAAGGUCUUACAUUAGAUCCUUGUUCUUCACCAAAGCAUCAUCUGGUUCUUCAAGAUGCAAAGAGUGUCAGGAUUUGAAGAUGAAGAACAAGAAGAACAACCACCAAUUUGGGAUGAACAUUCUUGAAGAUGAUGAGUUUAGUAGCAUCCAUGGUAGAAGAUCUUUUUCUGGGGUGGUUCAGCGGCAUUGUGGUCCAUCAAAGUCUUCAUCUUUAUCAACAUCUUCAUCUGGGUCAAGUUCAUGUUCUUCAUCUUUCUCAUUCAGUUCUUCAUCAGGGUAUAAUAAUAAUGAUUUGCAAAUUUUCAAAAGGAACAUCAUCAAUGCUGCAAAUAAUUGUGAGAUUGAAGGUUCAAUUGAAGGUGCCAUUGCACAUUGCAAGAAGUCUCAGCAAAAAUUUGCUUCCUCAAAAGUUGCAAUUUGUGGGAAACAAGAAAAUGAAGAAUUACUACCUACCAUUCCUAGAAGAGAGGUUAAUUAAUUAACCAUCACACUUAUAAAAGUAGAGUUCUUCGGAAUGUUUAGACGUCAUGUCUUGAAUUCAAUUUUUAGAAGCCAUGUGUAUGCAGCAGAUUUUAUAACCACUCUGUAAUGGAAUUUUUUUUUAAAUAAAUUAUUUUAUUUAGCAA